AUGGAGGAUGCCCUUCUGCAUAUCGGCCCGCAAGUCCUGGAUCUGGGGAACAAUCGUACUGAAGACUACCUCAUUGUGCGGGCAUCUUUGAUUGAAGUCCGACCAGGAGCUUUCGAAUCGCCGCGGUUGCAUUACAAUCUUUCCAGGUGGAUCCCGGGAAAGCUUUGGGAUUACCCAGAGGAAGCUGUGGAUGGCUUUGGCAGCGCAUGCGCUUGGGCAGCGAUCGCCACCAGGGCAGACCCAGGGUCUGCAGGUUACCGUUUUCACGAGAUCUUUGGGCGUGUGCUUUGCAGCCCCUCUGUCUACUCGGACCCCCAGGAUUUUACCGGGGCUGCUGCCGGCCUGAAGAUCUUUGUGCAGCCGCUGACAAGCUCAUUGACUGCAGACCGAGCCGUGGUGGCAAGUUUGGUACGUCUGGCGCACAACUUCUCUUGUGAUGCUGGGUUCUUCCUCUGUGACAAGACCAGCUGGGAAGGCGAAUGGUCUGCAUGGCGGCAACACGCUGGAGAAGUCACGCUUCUGCAGAAGUUUUUGACCGCCCCUGCGGAAGUCCUCGUUGAGUCUUUCGAAGAAGCAGACCUUAUCGUGGUGCCGGGCUUGUUCCAGUUCGCAAGCUCGGGGCACAUGUUCCAAAAGUUGGUUCGAAGAUGCCCCAGGGACUUUGCCGAGGAGCUGGAGCACCUCAACUUUAUGGAUCCGACGCAGACUCCGCACCUCUUCGUCUUCGCGGACCACAUGAACAACCUCAGGGAGAACGAUCCUGGGGGCCUCGGAUGUUACAUCACCCGACAUCCCGACAACAUCUUCGUCUCGCUUGGGACGGAGCUGUCGUCGCCAAACCACAUCACCAUGCCGCCGGUGGUAACGGAAGCAGAGCUCCAACCCUGGAGCUCAACUGCAGAGACGACCAGAGAGACCUUCCUACUGUACACAGAGAAUCUUGAUUGCUGCCAUCCGGUGCGAAGGCAUUUGUAUGAUGUCUUGGUCAGCGACAUUGGCCAAGCUUUCUGCAACUCCCGGUGCAUCGUGGAAACAAUCUCGCAAGCGCAGUCUGCAGCCAAGGCAGGAGGCGUGGAUCAGACCAGGGCGAUGCAGCACUCAGUUUUUUGCCCGCUGGGCCCCGGGGAAGUUCCCCACCGGCAUAAGUUCUACAAAGCUAUCUUAGCCGGCUGCAUUCCGGUGCUCUUCGACUUUCCUUCGUACUUCCCAAAGCAAAGGAGUUGGUGGAAAGAGUUCGGAUCUCCUUUCCAACUGUCUCUACCAUUUUUCGAGGUUAUUCCCUACACAGACUUUGUCGUGACGGUACCAUGCACCGACAACUACACGCAGUCCUCGCUCGACAUGCUCUGGAAGAUCCGUGCCAUGUCAUCCGAGGAGAUCAAACGGCGACAAGAUGCUAUGCGGAAGUGGAGUCACGUCUUGGCCUUCCGCUGGGAUGGUUCUGGGCCAGAUGCCUUCACUGCUCUCAUGCAGCAGAUCGGAGUGAUCUGGUCAAGAAUCAAGCACCGCCAGAAAAAAAAAGGCGUUACAGACUGCCUGGGUACCUUACCUCAGCCCCAGAUGCACUCGAUUCGCGGUGAGUCCGUUUUUGUCAAGGAGCUUCCGCUACUGGCGAAGAUGAUGGUGACGGAGAUGACAGCUCAUGAUUGUUAG